CCGCAUACCGCAGUCAACAACCACCAGCACACCUACCUGGCUACUAUCUUGACUCCUUUGGUCCUUCCCAAGUCAAGAUGGUCAAGCGCAAACUCGGCGCGCUCGAAAAGGUCGACGCGGACCUAGCCAAUCUACAGAACAAAAUCAAACGUGAUCCUCGAUCCUACCACACCGACUUCUCGCACCAAUACAUCCAAUAUGAGAACCAGCGGCAGAUUUUCAUGCAGUCACCUUCCUCCUCAUCCGACACCAACUCGGUAAUCUCCUUCCGCGACCUAAUCGAAUUCGUCGCCCACGUGGCAGACUGCUACAAAGAGGAGACGAAAGAGUUCCCGAGCCAACUCAUUGAGAUACUGUCCGCACACCAUGCGAGUCUCGAACCGGAGUUGCGCGAGAAGAUCGUGGGUAGUCUCGUACUGCUACGGAAGAAAGAGAUCAUAGACUCGACCACACUGCUGCAGUGUUUCUUCCCGAUCCUGGUGUCGACGCCGAGCAAGAGCCUGCGGGCGCUGCUGUUCCAGAAGAUCAUCAGUGAUCUACGCAGUUCUAAUGCCAAGACGACGAACCACAAGUUGAACAGGAGCGUGCAGACGACAUUGCACAAUCUCGUGGUUGCUGAUCGGGCGAGUCCGAAAGCAUUAUGGGCGGUCAAGAUCACGAGGGAGAUGUGGAAGAGGCAGAUCUGGACCGACGCAAAGGCCGUGGAGAUCAUGAAGGAGGCCGCCGUGGGUGACAAUGAGAAGUGUAUCGUUGGUGGGGUGAGAUUUUUCCUCGGCGGAGAUAAGGAGAGGGAAGAAUUGGAGGAUGAGAGUUCAGACGACGAAGGCAUCGAUAUGGCGAAGUUGAGACAUCAGGUUGGAGUCAACAAGAGCAAGAAGGCGGAAAGACGACUGGAGAAGGCUGCGGCCACGGUGAAGCGAAAACAGAAGAAGAAGGGACAGCCGCAUCCAUUGAACUUUUCGGCACUGCAUCUACUGCAUGAUCCUCAGGGGUUUGCGGAGACAUUGUUUACAAAACAUCUGCAAGCUGCGAAGUCGAAACUGAAUCUGGAGCAGAAGUUGGCGGUACUGCAGCUUGUGUCAAGGCUGAUUGGGCUGCAUAAGUUGACGGUCAUCAGCUUUUACAGUUAUUUUCUGAAAUAUCUGACCCCACGGCAGCCGAGUGUGACAAGUUUCCUGGCAAGCUUGGCGCAGGCGACGCACAAUCUUGUGCCGCCGGACGUACUCGAGCCCUUGGUACAGAAGAUCGCGAACGAGUUUGUGUCUGAGGCUGCGGCGGGUGAAGUGGCAGCAGCGGGGUUGAACGCAAUAAGGGAAAUAUGUGUGAGGCAGCCAUUGGCGAUGAAUGAUACUCUUUUGCAGGAUUUGGUCAUGUAUAAAAAGAGUAAAGACAAGGGAGUUAUGAUGGCGGCGAAAGGCCUGUUGGGCUUGUACAGGCAGGUUGGUGCUGAGAUGUUGAAGAGACGAGAUCGUGGCAAGGAUGCUACGCUUGGUCUACGGUCAGGCGAACAACAACAGCAACGAUUUGGUGAGGAGGCAGUUGGAGAGAUUGAAGGACUGGAGCUAUUGGAGAAAUGGAAGGAAGAAGAGAAGCAGAGAAAAAGACUCGAGAAGGGUCUCGACCCCGAUGCUUCAGAUGAUGAAGAGGAGGACGAUGAGGAAGAUUGGAAUGCCUGGGAUGUGGAAGAAGAUGACAGUGAUGAUUCAGGGGGCUGGAUCAAUGUCGAGAGCGAUGAUGAAAUCAACAUUAGUGACAGCGAGGAUGAGAAGCCGUCGGCAAAGAAAGGUCGAUUUGAUGCUCAUGUCUCAACAAGCGACGAUAAAGAGAACGAGACAAAAGAAGAUGGAAUCGAAGACGCCGAGAAACCGAAAUCGAACCUCGCCACGACCCGAAUUCUGACUCCAGCAGAUCUUGCCAAACUCCAAGAGCUGAGAACGACGGCGUCCGUGUCGUCGUUGAUGAAAAAUCAUCAUGCUCAACAAAAGUCCCGUGCAGAGCAGACGAAUGCUCAGCGGCACAUGGAUGAUCCUUUGACUGCGGCUGAAAUUGAAGGUCUCGCAGCCUUGUCACGAGGUAAGGCGACUCGGGCACAGAAAAUAGCUCUGCUGGAAGAACAUAAAGCCGACCGAGAAGAGCACAAGUCCAAGGCUGCCAGAAAGAAGGAGAGGAAAGAGAGCGAGGGCAAAAGCACGACCAACAAGGAGAAGGCGCGGAAGAAGAAUUUCUUGAUGACCUUGGGCAAGGCCAAGUCGAAAGGGAAGAGGAGUUUAGUUGAGCAUCGCAAGAUCUUGAAGGCGCACGCUGCGAGGGCGAAGAGGGGUGGAAAGAGAGGGAACAUGGGAAAAUGAUAUGCCUCGUCUCCGAUAUGAUGAUGCUUUUUGCCAUCUGUUGGAGUAGGCGUAGACGUAGACGUAGUAGACGUUCUUGGCUUCGAUAUUCAACAGAUGGCAGCCACGACAUGAAAUUUUUG